AUGCAACAGCGUCCUUUAGUAAUUCUUUUCAAAAUAUUCAUUCCAAAUAAAAUAUUUUCUCAUUCUUUUUUCAAACUUACAGUAAAAACAUCAGCCAUUGUAUCUACACCUGAUGAAACGACGCGGAUAACGGGCAUAGCAACAACAGUAAUGACAACAACAGUAAUAACAACAACGACAACGACAACAACAGUAAUAACAACAACAACGACAACGACAACAACAACCACUACAACAAUGGUAUAUACAAGACGCACACCAUCAUCUAAUCCUACGUGGAUUAUUGUUGGUAGUAUUGCCGGUGGUUUAGCAGCUAUUGGAUUACUUAGUGUUGUCGGUGGUUUAUUGAUAUGUUACAGCAAAUCUCGUAUACGUUUUCGAACAACAAUUAAAACUCCAAACAAUCGAAAUUCUAUUCCAUUACGUCCUUUAGCUAAUUAA